GUGUUUUUUAUCGAUAUAGUAUACAUAAGUGUAAAGGUGAAGCAUGAAUAUUCUGAUACAUGUAAUUAUCUUUUAAUGCGUUUCUCAACUAAAUCCCGUUGAAAAAUAAUGAAAUUCCCAUUUUAGAAAUUUUAUAACGGCUUUGCUUUACUGAUUCUUUUUACGCGGGGUGAUUCUUUCUACGCGGCGAUUUCAAAGUGUAAAGAACUCUGAUGAUGAGUACCUCAUAACGUUUGAAGUAAAUUUAUAACAGCUUGGGGGAAAUCAAACAAUUAGAUUUACCAACAGACGCAGAUUAUUGAUAAUUAUACUACGUCAGUUGUAGACCAAGCUAAUACUCCCCUAUACCAAACGCUAACUUGUUUCCGCUGAAAUUAUAUAUUUUACAUGUACAUAAAAGUGAUGAUGAAUUUACUGAACCCAAACACUGGAUUUUCACUAAAAUCUUUCGUCUUGCAUAAAAAGACACGAAGUUCGGUCUUUAUGUGAACACGUCUUAUUGUCUGUGAUGUAUAUACUAUCUAUAAGAAAUUCAUUAAUUUCUGCUAAAACACCUCUUGGAUUUAGACCAAAAAUAAUAAUUGUAAACAUGUAUGAUAUGAAGGAGCAAAAUAUCUCAAGAGAGGGGGCGAGUUGUCCCGAAGAGGGGCGAGUUGUCUUGAGGGCGAGUUGUCUUAGGGGCGAGUUGUCCCGAUGAGGGGGCGAGUUGUCUUGAGGGCGAGUUGUCCCGAUGAAGAGGCGAGUUGUCUUGGGGGCGAGUUGUCCUGAUACCGUUCAAAUUUAUUCUAUACAUAUAACGGAUUAAAUAUUUCCAAUUCGCGCUUUCACUUGUAAAGAAUAUCAAAAUGACCUACGGUAAUAUUUUCAAUGGGGUGAAAAUGACUACGUGCCCUUUUCCACGGCGGGUCAAAAACUGGAACGACACAGGUAAAUAUCCACGUCCUUUAUAACGAGUGUUGUUUGUCAUUUAUUGAAGAAGGAUAUCGGCCUUUGCACUUUGAUGGGUUAAGUCUAGCACUGUAGAGACCGACAGCGGUAGAUACACUGGCAGAGAGUGGAGACUUCAACGGAUAUUCGGAGAAUAUGGUACUGAAGGCGGCCGUAAUAGUUUUAUUCCUUGCUGUAGCAGUGGUGUAUUUCACAAAGAACAGAAACAACACAGAUGAGCAUAUCUUACUAAAUUCUUCCUAUGAUUACAUCAUACUGGGAGCAGGUUCAGCGGGAUGUGUUCUUGCGAACAGAUUGUCAGAGAAUCCGGAAUCGUCAGUACUUAUCCUAGAAGCCGGUGGUUCCGAACUUGAAAAUAUCAAUAUAAGUAUCCCAUUAGCCGCGGGAGGUGUGCAGUUAUCAAAGGAAGACUGGAUGUUCAGAAGCGUACCUCAGAAAAAAGCAUGUUUGGCAAUGCGUGAUAAGCGAUGCGCCUGGCCUCGGGGAAGAGUCCUUGGAGGAACUAGUAACAUGAACUACAUGCAAUAUAUCCGCGGCAGUCGUCAUGACUACGAUGGUUGGGCAAGAGAGGGGUGUACAGGGUGGAGCUAUAGAGACGUUCUCCCAUAUUUCAUUAAAUCAGAGGAUGUGCAGAUUCCGGAACUUCAAAACUCAGACUAUCAUGGAAAAGGCGGUUAUUUGUCCGUCAGUGACGGGACUACCACGCCCCUCAAUAAGAAAGUUUAUGCCCGAGCAAUGGAGGAACUCGGAUACCCCAUCACAGAUUGCAAUGGCAAAUCACAAAUAGGUUAUUGCCCGUCUCAGGAAACGAUAAAGAAUGGAGAACGUUGUAGUACUGUUAAAGCCUUUCUACGACCCGCCAUGGGACGCAAGAACCUUCACGUCUCCAUGAAUUCACAUGUUACAAAGAUUUUGAUCAAAGACAAGAAGGCAGUAGGUGUCACGUUUGUGAAAGACAACAGGAAGCACGUGAUCAUGGCAAACAAAGAGGUCAUAGUAUCCGCAGGAGCGGUCAGCUCACCCCAGAUCCUGAUGUUUUCUGGAAUAGGACCGAAGGAGCAUCUCAAAUCAAAGGGGAUCCCAGUGAUUGCUGAUCUACCUGUUGGGGAUAAUUUACAGGACCAUAUAAUGACAUUUAUAGAUUUCCAUGACAAUUCCUCAAGUGUGACAAACCUAGCCAAGGUUUCGUCACCAGUAACCAUCUUACAAUAUCUAGCAAUGAAAUCAGGUACUUUGAGCAAGACUCAUCUGGAGGGCACGGCGUUUAUCACGGACGACGAAAAACUUCCACCUCGUUUACAGUUUCACUUCUUCAGCAUUUCUUACGUUCCAGAAAUCACUCAGGAAUAUAUGGAUUUCCUUAAUCUAGAUCCAAAGUUAAAAGAAGGCAAAGAAAAGGAAUUUCAAGAGAAGAAAGACAAAAAUAUAGGAACAUUUAUCGUGCUACCGAUUCUUCUCCAUCCCAAGAGUAAAGGGACCAUACGCCUUCAGAGUGAUGAUCCAUUUGAUCCGCCACUCAUAGAUCCAAACUACCUUGAUCACCCAGACGACAUAAAGACGUUCGUGAGGGGAGUACGAGAAAGUCUUCGUCUAGGUGACACUAAAGCUUUUCAAUCAAUUGGUGCCUCACCACAGGAUCCUUUAGAGGCAUACACUCCCCAGUGUGAUGACUUAUCUCGAGAUUCAGACGAGUACUGGGUUUGCAGACUAAGGCAUUACACUUUCACAGUCUAUCACCCGACCUCGACUUGUCGAAUGGGAGCCAAAGAUGAUCCCACAGCGGUGGUUGAUCCUGAACUCAGAGUUAGAGGAAUCCCAAAUCUACGGGUUGUCGAUGCUUCCGUCAUGCGCAAUGUUCCUUCUGGAAAUACGAACGCUCCAACCAUAAUGAUUGCAGAAAAAGCAGCAGAUAUGAUAAGAAAUAUCGAUAGUGUGAAAUCUUUACGAGAGAAAACUGGACAAUUAUGAUAAUGGUCAAUUGUACUAAAUAAUGAUACUGGGGAAUUCUAAAGUGAAAAAUGAUGAAUGUGACCGGGGACAUCAAUGGCAACAAAGAAAGACUACUGCAUCGUGCAAUCGAUAUUGUCCUUUGAGAUCGGCUGCUUCCUAACAGGAAGUGACAUCAUUCGACCACCAUAUACAUCUACAAGUCUACAAUUUUAAAGAGUUUUGAAACUUUACAGAACGCUAGUGAUUGUUUACAGAGCAAAAGGAAUGGAUACAUUUUCCAGGAAAACUUUUUCAGUUGUUUGCAUUAAUUAAUGUUUUGUGUGGAAAUUUAAAACCUUAUUCAUUCACAAUUUUCCUUUUUGGCAUUGGUUGGCUUUUGCUUUCGUCAUCGCGUUUCCGGUUUAUCGCCACCUACAUGCAAAUUUAUGCAUCGCUGUAGUAAACAAAUCGUGUUUAAAUUAGUUGUAAUUUUGCAACCGUUCUAGUAUAGGGUUUAUAUUCAUAUCCGCAGGGGCAAGUUGGAAAUAUAGUUCGUUGGACCAUGGAUAAAAUAUCUAUAAAGAUGUGACAAUUUUGCUUUCAUUCUGGGGAAAAGUGGGACACAAGAAUCAGAUCAUUCUUCAGUUAAAAUUCCCGUUUGAAUCUGUGUCUGGAAUAAAAAGUAAUUAUUAAGAAAUUAAUUCGUGCAAACCUUUCAAAAAAUUCAAUAAGAAUCUGUACAUGAAACCGUGUUGGGCUAGGGUGCCUUUGUAACCAUCGCAUAGCGGUUAGAGGUCAAGAAAAUCCAUACUUUUGCAUGCUGCAAUAUAUACUUAGAAGCCACGCCAUUAAGCUAUAUACGAGGGGUUUUUUAUCGGUGGUUUGACUGCAGUUCCGACACAGUAAAAUUUCGCCCGACACAGCAAAAAUAUGUACAACACAGUAAAACAGUUAAGUACACAGUAAGAUCCGCGUCGAUCGCAGAACGAGAAAGAACUUGUUUACGAUUAUGUUCAGAGAUCGGGGUCUCAAAGGGGCGAUAUUGCGUAACUGAUUACACCUCCCCCGAUACUAUACACGAUACAUAUGUGUACAUGUAAGUAGGUCAGAAAUAUAGAGCAUACAUCGGUUUCAGGCUUACCUUACCAUUUCUAAACAACCAAGAUAUCGUCAACACAAUCAAAUUUGAUUUCGUUUUUAGUUUCAAAGAUGAGUGACAGUAAUGAUCAUACGGGAGGGGAAAAGACAAAAGAUAAAAAAAAAAUAUAGGUCUGCGUUUACGGAAGACAUAUGAUUAAAACAAGACUAGUGUUAGAUAAAGGUUGCCAUUUCAUGUCAAAAAUGGUUUUGUGGUCCACAGCAUGCAACACACAAUGAAAAGUAAUCGUGUUUUCAAUUUGUUUGUACUUCAAACAAAGAAUUGACAAUGACAGGUAUAUGCGGGGGAGAAUGACAGGUAUAUGCGGGGGAGGGGGAUGGUUUUACUGUCGGUCUUUCUCGUCCCCACAUUUUUUCAUUGAAUGAUCUUUUCAUACAAUAAAUGUAUAUAGUUUUUUGGCGAGAUACCUCUUCAUUAAUUCUAACAGGAGCAAUAUUAGUAGUGACGAUAUUUUUAUUGAAGUUCAUGGAGACCGAUACCUCGCAUGGAAUAUGAUGAUAACAAAUAGAUAUACAGUAUAUAACCCGUAUAUCAGUUUGCAGCAUUUGAUAUCUUGGUGAUUUCAUUAUGGAAAUUCCACUGGCUGACUCCCUAAGCUAAACUUGUCAAUAUUCGACUGGUUCUGCCUAUUCCUCAAUCUCUUUCUUAAGGGAGCAGUCAAGCUUUGUUGCGUAUAACAGAGCGGUUUCAAUAAUACCGUUUGAAAAUUACUUUUGUAACUUUUAAGUGCUUUGUUGUCCUGCUUUCUCUUAGAAUAUCGCCAAGCUGCCGAUGUUUUUUGAUUGCAAUUUUGCUGAAUGAAUUGCAAAUUUUCGAAGCGAUUGAUAAUAUGAGAACUUUUAAGCUGAAUAAUAUUGCUCAGCUGAAAAUUUGUUGUUUUUUUACGCAUGAAUUGGAACUUUCAUAAUCUUGAGGACAAUUAAAUUUUGAUGACUAUUCAGGUGACAAUGACUACAUUAAGGGC